CUGCACGUCAUGUGAAGUUUGAUGACAACAUGAAGAAUCAGCACAUCCUGAGAAUCAAUAACCUGGAAAAGGAUGACUCAGCAGAAUACACAUUCAGACUCAAACGACCUAAUGGAGAAUGGAAAGAGUCUGACUUUUCUGGAGUAACGCUGGUUGUCACAGGCCUGAGAGUGAGGGUGCAUCCUGCAGAGGUGACAGAGGGCCAAAAUGUCACUCUGAGCUGCAUUACCAGCUGUCCUCUGCCUCACAACACAACCUACAUCUGGUACUUGAACAGUCGACCCCUGACCGAGCCAAGAAAGCACAACAAGACACUGAUACUACAUUCAGUCAGCAGUCAGCAUGCAGGAAGCUACUCCUGUGCUGUUAAAGGUCGCAUUAAAUCUGGUGAAAAAACUCUGACUGUCCAAAAUGUUAAACAGAGACGAGCAGCAACAGCAGCCACAGGAGUCUGUAUUGUUCUCCUGGUUACCAUACUUCUCAUUGUCUUCUUUUGGAUUAGAGAGAAGAGGACUUCACGUCAGUCUCCUGAAACUGAAACAAUGGACAACACAGAGCAGGUAAAGAUCGGACAUUUCAACAAAGUUCUUGCACAACAUUUUAAUCUUACUC